AUGGCGCUUCAGGCUGCGUACAAGCAGUUUCUAGCUGCACCAACCCCGACUGUGCUCGCGCAAGACGCGUCUCUGCACUACAUUACCUCGACGACAAGUUUCAACGGUCCCGAUAGCAUUAUCAAGCACUUUUCGACCUUCCGCAACCAGAGCAAGAAGAAGAAGGAAGACGUGCUUUUCGUCAUCGAGGGGCAGAACGCCGUGGUCCUGGAGGCUGAGCUUGUCAUCGAAUUUAUUUCCAGCGGCGGCCCGUAUCUGCCUGGAUUGGACGACAACUUCCUUGCCGACCGGACUGUGUCUUUUGCCGUUACCCACAUCGUCUUGUUCGAUGCCGACGGCAAGAUUCUCCAGAUCCGCCAGAACUGGGACCAAGGGUCGCUGCUGAAGCAACUCGACGUUAUUGGCAAGUCGGGUCGCAACUGGCCCAUUCGCGAUGGCAAGGACCAGGUCAGCUUGAUUGCGAAAUGCGUCAAGGGAGGCGGAGCUCCUGGGUUUACUACUGAUCUUCCCAUGCAUAACCGCACCAAGUCGACCAACCCUCUCCGCGAUCCUCACGCCUCCUUGGCUUUGUUCGCCCCGCGCGAGGAGCAGGAAGAGGUUACCGUCAUCUCUCCCUAUGCUGGCCGCAGACCUACCCAGCGUUCCUUUACCGAAAUUCUGGGCGACGAGCCUGAGGAGCCCGCUUCCCCCAGCAACGGCCGCGAGCGUUCUGUGUCUCCAAGCAAGGCCAAGGCCGGGGUUAGCAAGAACUUCCAAGCUGUCCGCCUUUUUGACCGCGACGAUGGUACCGCCGAGGCCGACACGCCCGAGAACGGCAGAUCGCCCGAACGUGUCAUCCGCCCGAACCCAAAGAAGUACCAACACUUCGACUUUGAUGACGGCCACUCUCAGGAGGCCCCGAAGCCCGCUCCUGCUCCCGCAAAGAGCUCCAAGCAUGGUGCUUCGUGGGGCUUUGAGGACUUCGUAACGCCACAAAAGCCGACAGCAUCCCGCACCUUGCACAAGGCCCGGGAAGCUCGCAAUUGGUCUACUGAAGAUGCCAUUACUGAGGAGCAACCUGCCCCCAAGGCCCAGCAGGCCAAGGGCCGCAUUACUGCCGAGGCUCACUUUGACUUUGUCGACGACGGUGAGACGCCAGCUGGCGGUCGGUUCCGCGGCCCACCCCGUGGUAGGGGUCAGAAUGAAGGGCAGCACCUGUACGAAAUGAACCUGUACAAGGAGGACGGCAGUGCGCCGACCCCAGGUCCUGCUCCUCUCGGCAAUAUUACAAACCAAGCCGGACGCCACAAGUCAUUCGAUCCUCACUUUGAGAUGACGGACGAGUCUCCUCGGGAUAGCAACGACGGCAAAGACAAGGCUGAGAAGCUCGGUGAUGACAGGAAGAAAGCAGUGCGCAUGAUGGAGAGCAACUGGGAGACCUAUGAUGUUUCGCCCGCUGCCCUGAAGGAGAACAACAACCCUAAUGGCAAGACGAGAGGAAUUGUCACAGCCGGUGAUGGCAUGGGCAAUAAGAAGGGCGGUUGGGGCUUGGCCGAGAAGAAAGAGCGCGGUAUCAACACUGCUGGCGACGGGAUGGGUGGCAGAAAGGGUGCUGGCCGCGGGUGGGCGCUGGGUGACGAGAGCGACGAGGACGCGCCAACUCAGCCCCAGAAAAAGGGCGGCCGUGGGCCUCCUGCCAAGGCGGAGAGCUUCUGGGACUUUUAA